AUGAGUUCUGCCUUGGAUCAACUAAAAAAACUGUUUUGCUCUGCUGGUGCAUAUUAAUAUGGGUUGAAGUUGUUUUCUUGUCCUUAGCAGAGUAAUUGUGGUACAUUUGAUACUCUAACUCCAAGUUCAUAUUCUACAUAAUUCAGUAUCAAAUUAGACCAGUAAGCAACACCAAAACUAACUAAGGACUCUGUCUGCUACUAUAAAGUUUAAUUCCCAAAUACAGCAACUAAAGGUGAUGUGAUCUAUGUAAAUUUAGCAAUUGUUCAAAAUGUUAAAGUUUAUUUCUAUCUUGGUGAAUCAAUAACUUCAUCUUACGUAGUGAAUUGUAGCCCUACUGCUGGUGACACACUUAUAGCUGAAUACCCAAAUCAAAUAUUCAUGACAUUCGUUUCAACUUCCAAUGAUAACAGUCCAUAUUAUUAAGCUACUGUGUAACUAGCUAAGUAUAAAUAGUAUGAUUAUUAGAAUGACAUUAGAUGCACUGGUGUUUCAAAUGUAAAGCCUAGCUCAGGAGUAGACAGUGGUAGUAGUGAUGGUUCAAGUAAUACCAGUAAUUAAACCUCAAAUAUAAAUUACAAGGGUACAGUAAUGCUAACAUUAGCUUCUUCAUCUCAGAGGUAAGGCUAUGAAGAUGCAGCCUAUAGCAGAUCUGAUUUAUCAAUUAUUCCUCAGGUUUAAGAUUAAAGCAUGAACUAACCAAAUGGCAGAAGGUCAAAUCGAUCAAUAGAUGGUAGCUCGAAUACUCAAGCAAAUAUAACUUAAAACACGAAUUAAAACAAUAUUGCAGGUAUCCAAAGCUAGAUACAUGAUAUUUAGCAUUAAAGAAACAGAUCAACUAUUAAUAGAGUCUUACCUACUGAUUAGUUCUAACAUGUUAGCAACUAAACAAGAGCAAAUCUAAAUGACUCCAACGAUGAAUUGUUCAAUGAAAAUGUUCCAACAUUGCAAGCUAAUGAUAAUGGCAGGGAUAUAGUGGAGGAAGAACUAGACCUGAUGGAGCAUGUCACUAAUGCUAACACCUAGUCAAAUAAUUUAAGACCUCUCUAUGUAAUGGGAGUUAGUAGUAAUGUAGGAUUUGCUAAUAGAGAUCUUUAGUAAAGUAGCAUACCAAUAUAAAUAAAUAGUUAAAGAGCUGAAAGAAAUAACUCAUAAGCCCAGUUCAUCAAUAAUAAUGAUCGCUAGCAAUAAAACCACAACCAGACAUAGAGCAUGUAGAACUAAGCAAUGCUUCUGAUUGGUGAUUAAAAUAAUUAGCUUUAAAAUAGGACUAAUGCAAGCGAAAAUACUGAUUAAAGGCAAUAGUAGUAAUUGCAGUAAAUAUAGAGGCGAAAUAAUAGGUAAACUGAAAGAUAGUUAAAUAUAAUGUAACAGACUGGUGCAAAUCUGAUGCAGUAAAAUAAUGGAGUGAGAUAUUAAUGA